AUGGCCCGCGGGAGACCUUCCCCGGCGGGCCGGAUGGCCUGCCUGGCGAUCGUGCUGCUGGGCGCCGCGCUGUGCUGCGCCGCGAGGCGGGGGCCGGCUGGGAUCCCGGGAGGGGCAUCGGAUCUGAUCGGCGCGGCGCUGCUGGGAAGUGAGGGGCCCGGCCUGGGGGCGAGGCUAGGAGGGGCCGUGCGCGACGCAGACAAAUUGGCUCCAGCUGCAAUCACAAGGGCUCUUCAAGGUGACAGUUGGGCAGCCCGAAAAUUGAGGCAGGCGAUCGAAGAUAAAGAUGUGUUGCUACUCGAUGCUGUUUCUGAAGGCGACAUUGAUGAGGUGGAGCAGCUUAUUGAGGAUGGUGCCGAUGUGGAUGCUGUAGAUGGCAACGGGAACACUGCCCUCAUGCAAGCCACUUUGGAUGGCGAACUUGACGUUGUGAGAGUCCUCCUUGACGCUGGUGCAGAUGUGAACAAGCAGGGGAGUUUCGGGGCCACGGCUAUUCGCAUUGCUGUGGAGAUUGAAGAUGCAGCCAUCUUGGAACUCCUCCUCAAGAGCGGUGCUGACACUGAAGUACGAGACGAGGAGGGGGCCACGCCACUGGUCGCCGCAGUCAUAUUUGACGCCCUGGAGAUGGUGAAGAUCCUGUUGAAGGCAGGUGCCGACCCGGACGGCCCGUACUUGACAUUUGGGUACACACCCCUCAUGUUGGCAGCGCAAAGAAGUGAGGUUGACAUAACGGAGGAGCUCCUGAAGGCCAAGGCCGAUGUGCAGUACCAGGCGCCGUCUGGAGUGACACCAUUGCAUCAUGCGGCAGCGUUUGGCAAUGCAGAAGUCACCAUUAUUCUUUUGGACGCGGGUGCAGACCUUGAGGCACAAAUGUUUGAGCUGGGACACACUCCAGUCUUGUAUGCAGCUAGAUUUGGAAACCAGGAGACGUUUGAGGUGCUCGUGUACAGUGGUGCGGAUCUUACGGUGGAGUCCAUUGGCAAUCGCACGAUUCUGCACAAUGCUGCCCUUGCCCCAAACAAUACCGCCGUCUUCGAACUUCUGUUCGACAACGGCUUGGACAUCAACGCAACGGAUGAAGUUGGGCAGACGCCCAUCAAUCUGGCUGCCUGGAUUGGAGACAAGCCCAACAUCGAGAUUCUUCUGAGCGAGGGUGCCGAUCCUGCGCUCAAUGGAAUAAUCAUCUGCGGCUGUUUGGAUGUCGAGUCGUCAACAAGAUGCCCCGCCGACAACUGCUUGUCAAGGGAAGACAUCGAAGAGAUCCAAACUAUUCUUGGCGUCGAACCUGGUCCGCAGACGCUCGUGCAAGCCGUGAUCGACGGCGACGAGGACGCGGUCCGCAAACUGAUCGACGAGGGCGUUGAUGUGAACGGGGCCACGGCCAGCGGCGACACGCCCCUCAUAUUGGCCUCCGCCCGCGGCCUCGAGACGAUCUUCGCCGUCCUGCUGGACGCGGGCGCCGAUGUCAACGCCAGCGACAGCAUCGGCCUGACGCCCCUCAUCACCGCCGCCUACUUCGGCCACCGGUCGAUCGUGGAGAAGCUGAUCGCCGCGGGCGCCGACGUGACCGCGCAACUGAACGAGGGCUUCGGUGCCGUGCACGUCGCGGCCCAGGAGGGCCAGCCGGAGAUAAUAGAGCUGCUGCUGGACGCGGGGGCGGACCCCAACUCGGGCAGCAUCACGACGGACACGACCCCCGUGAUGGUCGCCGCGGAGGGCAAUCGCAUCGGCGCCCUACGCGCCCUGAUCGAUGGCGGGGCGGACGUCACGAUCCAGAACGGCGCGGGGCUGACGGCGUUGCACCUGGCGGCCACCAAGCAGGGCACCGAGAAGGUCAUGGCGAUGCUCAUCAACGAGGGGAGCGACGUCAACGCGCGGGCCAUCGCCAACAUAACGCCCCUCUCCUUCGGCGCCUACUACGGCAACAAGGGCGGCGUGCUGUUCCUCCUGUCGCGGGGGGCGGACUCCACGAUCAAACCCGACGACGAACGGCUGGACGAGGUCUGCGGCUGCCUCGCCCAGCUCCUCCUCCCCACACUGCGGCAGUGCGCCGUGGGGGCGUGCCGGACCCAGGAGCAGAUUGACGAGAUCGAGGAGCUGCUGGGGGGCGGCAGGCCGGCGGCCAGCCUCUCGGGUUCGGGUUCGGGGGCCGCCACGCCCGUCAACGGCACCGGAGCCGUGGCCUUGGCCUCCAGCGCCCAGGACUGCGCCAGCCUGCCCGACGUGGUGGCCCAGCUGGAGUGCGUGGCGGCGGGGACGAAGGAGCCCUCAUGA